CCCAGAGUUCGAGGAAACUAGUGCAGGAGUUUGAGGAAGAUCACCUGAGAAAGAGGAACCGAUCAAUAAAGCGAUCAGAGAAACACAGGAGAUCGAUGGCUUUGAUUCAAACCGAUCACAACGGCACGCAGAACGGGCUAAUCAAUACUCUGCACGGCGGCGUCAGGACAGACUGCGCGGUUCCCGACGCGGCGCUGCCCCGAGCGUUCCUCCACAGUCUGCGGACGUUAUUCGACAUUCUGGACGAUCAACAGCGCGGGUUUGUUCACCUGUCGGAGAUUGAGAGUCGUUGGCGCGGCGCGGGGGAGCGGGGUCUACCCGCGGGGGUUCUGGAGAGUCUGCGGCGGGUCGCACCGGUUAACGGCUGCCUGUCCUUCGAGCGGUUCGUCGCGGGACUCAGAAACUCCAUGUUCGUUCCGGAGACCGGCAGCAGACCGGCAGAGCACCCGCAGUGGAGACCCGGGGAAGGCAGAGUCCGGCCGCUGGGCCCGAGUAACGGAAUAAACACACUCCACAACCGGCAGCCCGGAAGGGGCCGACCGCGAGAGAGCUCUGCCUUUACGGACAAACUCGCCGCUUCUUCCCGUUACUCCGCCUUUUUAGUCGCGUCGCGGAGCUGCGGGGGGACGGAGAGUUCAUAUCGAUACGGACAGGACCCGCUUCAGCCCCGGUCCAUCGACCCACUGGAACACCCCGAGCAGAGAAACGUAGAGAGCGCCGGUCUGCCUCGGUCUCGCAGUGAAACGGUGACGGGCUUCAUGCGAUCGCGGCGGCACACCAGGAGUCGUGACGAGCAGAGACGCCACACCGUGACCAGCGGAGUCGAUUAUGGGCUGCUGAAGCAGAUGAAGGAGCUGGAGCAGGAGAAGGACUCUCUGCUGGCCGGGAUGGAUGUUUUGGAUCAGGCCAGAGAGUGGUUUCAGACACAGAUCCACAACAUCAUGGAGACGCAGAGGCUCAUCGGGCAGAACCGCCACACCAGCGAGUGUUCGUGUGAGUCUACUCAGAGUCGUCUGGAUGUUCUUCUGCCCAAACUACAGGACGUCUCGCGCUGCCUGAAUGAAUUAAUCUCCUGCUCUGGGAAGACGCUCCCGUCCACUGCUGCACCCUAUGCUGGAGGAUCACCCAGUGCUGCUGCGCCACCGCAGGCCAUACACACACUGAAGGAGCACAACCGGCUGCUGACACAGGAAGUGACAGAGAAGAGUGAGCGCAUCAGUCAGCUGGAGCAGGAGAAGUGUGCUCUGAUCAAGCAGCUGUUCGAGGCUCGAGCUCACAGCGCACACGACAGCAGCGCGCUCGACUCCACCUUUAUCUGACCGCGGUCGCUCCACCUUUAUAUGACCGCGGUCGCUUCACCUGACUGCGGUUGCUCCACCUUUAUCUGACUGUGGUCGCUCCACCUGACCGCGGUCGCUCCACCUGACUGCGGUUGCUCCACCUUUAUCUGACUGUGGUCGCUCCACCUGACCGCGGUCGCUCCACCUGACUGCGGUUGCUCCACCUUUAUCUGACCGCGGUUGCUCCACCUGACUGCGGUUGCUCCACCACUGUCGCUCCACCUUCGUCUGCCUGUGACACGCCACACUGAAACAGACCUGAAAAGAGAAAUAAAUGUAGAUGGUGCAUGAUUUCAUCCUUUGGGAACCGAAGAGCAGAAACGAGACUUGCAUUGUUAGCCCCGCCCUAAAGGACUGUUGGCCCCUCCCCAAAUCCCUGAUAGCCCUGCCCUAAAGGACUGAUAGCCCAACCCCAAAGGACUGAUAGUUCCUCCCCAAGUCCCUGAUUGCCCCGCCCUAAAUCCCUGAUAGCCCUCUGCUGAGUUCAGUCGAGUGACACCACACUUCAGCUUUGGGGAAAUGAUUGACAGUUCAAUGAUUGUUCAAGAGUUGUGUGAUGAUGAAAGACUGUUCUGGAGUCAGUGCGGCUGAAGAGCAGUGGUGUUUUUACAGGUGUGUGUGUGUGUGUGUGUGUUUCUGCUGCUGUGUUUUACCCGUGUGAUGUGAUGAUUAUAAUUAUUCCAGCACUCUACUUUACACACAGACCAUACUGGAUGAUUUUCCUUCAUUAAAUCUUGCUGCUGUUGCUGUGA